AAAAGGCUGUGUGUGCCCUGCAGGAAACCCCGCUGAAUUCCAAGAUAGCGCUGAUCAUCACACCUUUAAAAAGAUGCUGCCACGGGAUGAGAGGAGGUUUAAGGCUUCAGACCUUGAUGGCGACCUGACAGCUACUCGGGAGGAGUUCACUGCCUUUCUGCACCCAGAGGAGUUCGAACACAUGAAGGAGAUUGUAGUUCUGGAAACCCUGGAGGAUAUCGACAAGAACGGGGAUGGUUUUGUGGACCAGGAUGAGUACAUCGCGGACAUGUUUUCUCACGAGGACAAUGGCCCUGAGCCAGACUGGGUUUUGUCCAAAUGGGAGCAGUUCAAUGAUUUCCCAGAUCUGAACAAGGAUGGGAAGCUGGACAAGGAUGAGAUUCGCCACUGGAUCCUCCCUCAGGACUAUGACCAUGCACAGGCUGAGGCCCGGCAUCUGGUGUAUGAGUCAGACAAAAACAAGGAUGAGAUGCUAACCAAGGAGGAGAUUCUACAAAACUGGAACAUGUUUGUGGGAAGUCAAGCCAUCAAUUACAAGGAAGAUCUUACCAAAAAUCAUGAUGAAUUUUGAAAGCACUCAUCCUCAUGUGGCCAACGGUCACAGGCUUCCUGCGGAUGUUCUGGGUGAUUGCUAUAUUUGUCAAGUAUAUAGCAGUUGUGUCCCUAAACAAUGAGAUUAUACCUCAGAUUGGGGUAGAAAUUAUUUUUCACUCCAUAUUUACUGGAAAAUAACCAUCACUAUUUAUUCCAGUAGGAUUUUCCCUGAAGCACAUUAAACUCUUGGCAAAUUGCA